CUCACCGGCUUCUAGUUCAGCUUGCCAAUUUGCCUACCCGUACCAGUAUCUCCGGCUUCGUUUCAUCAACAUGAAGACUAUGAGCAUUAUUGCCUUGUUGGCGCUAGUGGGAAUUUGUUGGGCUUCAUCGGAUGGACUCAAGGUGAAACGCGAUGAUCAAUUCGAAGGAGACGAGAGCCGCGUUCAAAGAUCUUAUGGGUCUGUUGGCGGAGGAUUCGGCGGCUACGGUGGCGGAUUCGGCGGCUAUGGUGGAGGAUUUGGCGGAUACGGCGGAGGAUUCGGCGGAUACGGCGGAGGAUUUGGCGGGUACGGCGGAUACGGUGGUUUGGGAGGAUAUGGUGGUCUGGGAGGAUAUGGCGGAUAUGGCCAAGGAUCCAGCUACGGAGGCUACGGUUCCAGCUAUGGUGGUUAUGGAUCCAGCUAUGGCGGCUAUGGAGGCUACGGCGGAUAUGGUGGAUACGGUGGUGGCUACGGAGGUAGCUACGGUGGCGGAUUCGGUGGUGGCUAUGGCGGUGGCAUUGGUUACUAAGAAACUGCUGUGCUGAAUAUCCAUUGAGCAUCCAGUGUUAGCAAGUUUUCGUUAGCAAUGCUUGAUAAAUGACCUUUGUUUUGAAUGCGACCCCCAAAUGUGAUCAUUUACUCGUCUUAUUUGUUGGUGUAAGAUUCUAAUUUUGCAUAGAAUGUAAAACGCGUGAGAUUGCAGGUCUUCAAAUACACGCUGUCUUCACGAAAAGA